AACAAAUCUUCCCGUGACAUCGGGAAGCCGGGUUCAAUACGGCUUUAACUCUCAGUGGCCCUGAUAAACCCAACAAAGCAAGAAGACUUUAUCACGAUGGAGAAUAUUCCCAAGGACUUGCGAAAUCUUCGUUCCUGUCUUGUUUGCUCUCUCGUUAAGACUUUGGAAAUGUUUGAGACUGAUGGCUGCGACAACUGUGAUGAAUUUUUACGCAUGAAACAAAAUCGUGACCAAGUUUAUGACUGUACGUCUUCAAAUUUUGAUGGCUUCAUUGCCCUGAUGAGCCCAGAGGAUAGCUGGGUUGCAAAAUGGCAACGCAUAAAUCGUUGCUGUAGGGGAAUGUAUGCCAUCUCCAUCACUGGUCGUUUGCCAGCAGCAGUUGUACGAGAAAUGAAAUCCCGUGGAAUGAAGUAUAGGUCAAGAGAUAUGACAAAGUUGUAAAAUAAGACGUCACUCAAAGGAGGAUAAUUUUAUAUUUUCUUUACUUAAUGUAUUCUCUAGUAAUAUCAGAACAAAUGUUCUUAAGUAUUAAUAAAGAAGUUUAGCACA